GGAAGUACGCCGUCCUACCUCGGUUGUUGUUCUUCGAGAAUGUCGGAGGACUUGGUGAAGCAGCUCGGCAGCUACAAAGCUCAGCUCCAGCAAGUUGAAGUCGCCUUGUCCACUGAUGCGGACAAUGAAGACCUCCGCAAACUACAGAAAGACUUGCAGGAAGUCAUUGACUUGACAAAAGACCUCCUGGCCUCACAGCCCGCUGAUGCUGCUCCCAGUACAAAUGGCGCCCCAGCGGCUCCCGCCAAGCACAUCUGGAAAGUGGGGGACAAGUGUUUGGCCGUGUGGAGUCAGGACGGACAGGUGUACGACGCCGAGAUCGAGGAGGUCGACCAUGACAACAGCACGGCGGCCGUCACCUUCAUCAGCUACGGCAACGCCGAAGUCAUCCCCCUGCAGAACCUCAAGUCGCGAGAGGACGGAGGCCACCUGGACGAUGACUUGCUGGGUUUAAAGUCCAAGUCGAGGAAGGAGCAGAUAGCCGAACAGCGAGAAUAUAAAAAGAAGAAAGCCCAGAAAAAGGUGCUGAGGAUGAAGGAACUGGAGCAGGAGCGGGAGGACCAAAAGUCCAAGUGGCAACAGUUCAACAACAAAGCCUACUCAAAAACGAAGAAAGGACAGGUCAAGAGGAGCAUAUUUGCCUCCCCAGAAAGCGUGAAUGGAAAAGUCGGGGUGGGAACGUGCGGCAUCGCCGACAAACCCAUGACUCAGUACAACGACACAUCCAAAUACAACGUCAGACAUUUAAUGCCACAAUGACCCCUCCCCCUCCCGUGUCUCUUGUAAAUACAUUAACCCUUUCAGCGCCACGCUGAAUGUAAGCCUGUUUUCCACGUUGUGCGUACACAUGAUCCAAGUUUGUCCAGUUCAAGAGGAGCAACUCGAAUACCAUUUGAAAUGUCGGUGUAGUUUUCUUAGUAGGAAGUGCGUGACCCCGCUUCGCAAUGAGGUCACAGGACGUAGACUUUGUGCCCUAAGUCCACACAGGCCACCGUGCUGUGUGUUUUCAUUUCAGAGUAAAUGCAUCCAUAACCGCAGUGAUGCUUUUCACUUCUGUAUUUAUAACAAGCAACUAUUAAAAGAUCCAUUUGUUGAGUUUUA